ACUUAAUAUAUUUGAGACAAUAUUUGAGAGGCAGUGAGGCAAGAUAUUUAGUUUUGUAUGGAAAAUCUUUUAGUUUUGUUAUUUAAUGUUUUAUUAAAUACCAAUAACAUUUGUAUGUGAAAAAAAUACGAUAAUUCGAGCAGUGUAAGAGUUAUCUGACAUAAUGCGUUAAAUCUAAUUAAUUUACUGAUAAUAAAAGCUCAGCCGGUGUUAAAUAAUAUUAAAUUGUGACAUUGUAUUUCUCGUGUAAUGGGAGAACGUAAUUGGCGACCGUUUAUUUACGGUGGAUUAGCGUCCAUAGUUGCAGAAUUCGGCACAUUCCCUAUCGAUACAACCAAAACUCGUCUUCAAAUCCAAGGACAGAAGAUAGAUCCUCGUCAUGUUGAACUACGGUAUACUGGGAUGGUGGACUGCAUCAUCAAAACUUCCAAGCAAGAGGGUGUCAAGGCUUUAUAUUGUGGCAUUUGGCCGGCGGUGCUGCGACAAGCGACGUAUGGCACGAUUAAGUUUGGUACCUACUAUACGCUGAAGAACGCGCUCGCCAAGAGACGAGCGGACGGUGGAACGAAGGAGCACCUCCCUACGAACACUUUCUGUGCUGCCUUUGCGGGUGGACUGUCCAGUGCUAUUGCCAACCCUACCGACGUACUAAAAGUGCGGAUGCAGAUGGGCGAGGAGAAGCGCAACCUGGUGCGUUGCUUCCUGGACAUAUACCGCACGGAGGGUCGCGGCGGGCUGUGGCGCGGCGUGGGGCCCACGUCGCAGCGCGCCGCCGUCAUCGCGGCCGUGGAGCUGCCCGUGUACGACGCCGCCAAGCGCCGCCUGCUGGGCCCGCUCGGAGACUCGCCGCCCAACCACCUGCUGUCCAGCCUGCUCGCCUCGCUGGGCAGCGCCGUGGCCAGCACGCCGCUAGACGUCUUGCGGACGCGGCUAAUGAACCAAAGAAAAAUUUUAGAUCACCAAAUAAGGACAAACGAAAUAAUUUACAAAGGAACCGUCGACUGUCUCCUGCAGACGGUGCGCAGCGAGGGUGCGCGCGCGCUGUACAAGGGGUUCGUGCCGACGUGGCUGCGGAUGGGGCCCUGGAACAUCAUAUUCUUCAUUACCUACGAGCAGCUCAAGCAGCUCUACUAGGAUUCCGCACGCAACGCGCUGCUGUCCGCGCACUCGUGCGACGAAACGAUAAGGUGAGAUGAUAUCUUGGCUUGUUCAAUCUUCGGCGACACUGUCUUGCCGUCAUUACACAAAUUUUGUCACAUAAAUAUAAAAAAAUAAUGGAUUCUAGAUGUCUAGACGCAAGUCAUUACCUGAGCCCCCCGUAAUCCGUGUCCCACAGUCCUGAUGCCGCCACGUGUCGGGGCUCCCGCGGCGGACACCACACGCGGCUGCUCACACAGUUGAGUCUACUAGUGAGCAACACGGCGCGGCCGGCGCGAGAUAACUUCUAGUCUACGGGAGGUGGGCGUGGCUCGGUCCCCACAGGCAGCACAGUGACGUCACUGUGCACGUGUGCUGGCAGGCGCGGUAGUCAGAUAUGCAUUGUGAUACUAACUAGGUUAUUUAGCUUAAUGAAUGUAUUGAUACAUAUAUCAAUAGAUUUUUAGCAGAAAAAUUUGUAAAAGGGCUGAGUUAAUUGAGUAGUGGCAUCUGUUAGUAAGCGAACCGCUCGGGCACACUGGCACCACCAGUGUUGUCCUUAUUUACUGAGCCGUAAGGUUCAUAACUAAACGUUAGGUUUUACAAAAAGCGUGUUUAUUGUAAUAGUAGCUGAAUGAAUAGGUCGCUUCGAAUAUUUGAAAUCAUUUCCCAAAUAAAUGCUUUUAUUAUUUUUGUUAAGGGUAAGCUAAAAUGUAUUCACAUUGAAGUAUGAAUAAGAUCGAAUGUCGUGUGAUCGGUUGUUAUCUGUGAAUGAAUUCAAUCAAGUAAUAGCACUCAGCGUACUCAGAUGUAUCGAACGCAUCCAGUGUGUUUACUGCGAGUUUUUAAACGUUCGCGAUAGCGUAAGAGUUAAUUCGAAUUUGUACGCAGUUGGAACAACGCCCCUAGCGGCAAACGUAGGCUAACGUUCCAAUUGCAUACAUAUCUCAGUAAACUUUUAAGCUAUCAAGGACGUUAAAAAGCUUGCACUAGGCAUACUGCAGUGUCGGUGCGGCCCCUCGCCAGCAGUCACGGCGGGCACUAACCUGACUGUAUAUAUCUGUAUUGUUUUUAAUGUUAUGUGUUAUCUAUAAAUAUAUGUGUUACAACACUUA